GGCCCGAGCUGGGCGGCCCCGGGGCGGAGUGAGCGCGGCGGCCCCCGGAACGGGCAGUCCAAGCAUGGAGCGAGUGACUCAGAAAAUGUCCGGGCUGCAGUUCAACCUGGGACCCGCCAAGGAGCCGCUGGGCUUCAUCAAGGCCUUGGAAUGGAUUUUCGCCAUCUUUGCAUUUGCCACCUGUGGUGGUUACAGCGGAAGAACAAAAAUCAAACUCUUUUGUACCAAAGACGAAAACCUGACGGCUGAAGCUGUUUUUGGAUACCCAUUCAGGUUGAACAAGGCUUUGCUCAACCUUUCAGAGCCCAAAACUUGUAACAGCACUUGGAAAGAACCGCACUUCCUGGUGGGAGACUUCUCAUCUUCAGCUCAGUUCUUUGUGACCUUUGCUGUCUUCGUGUUCCUCUACUGUAUCGCUGCCCUGGUGGUAUACCUGUGUUUCUUACAUCUGUAUCGGGGCGCUGGCAAACUUCCUAUGAUCGACUUCAUUGUCACCGUGGUCGUUUCUUUCUUGUGGCUGGUAAGCACGUCUGCCUGGGCGAAGGGCCUCACGGAUAUCAAAACGUCCACCGGCCCCAGCCUCCUGGGUUUCCUUAAGCCUUGUAAUAACGUGACAUGUGUUUUUGACGAAGUCAGCAGUAUGGGAUCCUUGAACGUCUCUGUGGUCGUUGGUUUCCUCAACCUGAUUCUGUGGGCAGGAAACGCUUGGUUUGUCUACAAGGAGACUCACCUGCAUAAUCCUCCAGCUGCUGAGCCCCCGAACCCAGGCAGCCCCCCAAUUCCCACAGGGAUGUAAAGAGAGCGGGAAGUCGUCCCAUAAGGAGCCGAAGCUUCUCUCCAACACUGUGCCCACCACAGUUUUGUUGUGUGUCUUUUUUAAUCCCUUCCCCGUCCUAAAUCGAUCUUGGUGAAAAUUAGACGGGUUUCUCCCCCCUCCCCCCCAAAAAAGCCUGUGCCUGUGAUGAAGGAAUGGCGCUGGGGAGGGGGUUGUUCUACUCUACCAAAAUGUUGAAAAAUGAGGAAACGUGCCUCUAUUUUAUUUUAUUUUUUUUUGCAGCUCCAGCAGUCUGCAGCCACCAAGGGUUGGCUUUCCAGCUGAUGCAGGUCAGCACAAACUGUGUAACUAUAGCCCAGUUGUGCUGCUCUGGUCUGAGUCGAUGCUGUCAUCCAUUCUUUGUUUGAGUCAUAGCCAAGAGUUGUACAUAAUGCUUGUGGUACGUCCUUAUUGUGGGGUUACGCUGUCAUCCUUCCGCAGAGAGAACAGCCAAAACAACCUACUUGAGGAUGUCUGUGUAUCAGAAACCUGUCAGCUGAACUUUUAGAUUUAUAACUCGGGGAACAGGAGGGAGGCAAAAACCUCUGUAAAUAGUCCUAGCCAGGGUUUCCGGGAAUCUGUAUGUGGAGUUGAGCAAACUUGAGCAGAGUGCUGGGGAAUCAGAGCUGGGAAUGAAAGUUAGUUCCUAGUCCUGAAGCCUGAUGAAACGUGGGAAUGCAAACCUCUGACUCUCUGUAGGUCUCCUUUCCCUAGCAAGCUUUUCAUCCCACCUUCUCUUCUUUGUACUUUUCCAUAAUCCCUCCCAAAGAAAUUGUGCCUGCCAUUUUCAUAUUCUGCAAAAAAAAAAAAAAA